GAGGGUCGCAAGGCCGGGGCGCGGCGAGCGGGGAGGGGCAACGUCACGUCGAACAACGCAGCCCAUACGCUACUAAAUUCAGAAGUCCCUAUCGCAUGCAACUGGCGCGUAUUGUAUCGAACUCCUCUAAUAUGCCGGUUUAAAACUUGCCUGCGUCGCUCGAGUCGUCCAACGCGAUUACGCGAGGUGGGAACUGUGCGGUCGGUAGUAAAAGUGGCCUCUCUCUGUGAUUUUGUGCUAGUGCAGUGAUGAUUUUACGUUAAAUAUUUUAUUUAAAAAUAACUCAUGCAGACUUUUUACUUCUCACCUAGUGAGUAAGCUUAUUAGUGACUGGAAACAAAAAUAAAACGCCAUAUAAAAAGACUGAAAAGCAAAGAACGUCGCUGUCAAAAUAAGGCGGAAAAUAAAUAAAUAGGGUUAAAACACAACGGCGCGCUACUUUUAAGUGUUUAAAAGAAACUUUAAUGUGUAGUAAAUAAGAGUGACUUUCGUAUAGCAGGACCUCAGUCGAUGACCGAAUUGCUAAAAUAAAUUAUCAUGGUUACUGAUAUUUAUCGGUGAUGAGAGCAAGGACCUAAUGUUCGUGUUUGUGUGUUGGUGAUCAUCAUGGAGCGAGGGAUCCGCUGGCGUGCUCGAGCGUACCGGGAGAGUUAGUCGAGGCCACAGCCUUUUGAAAUAGAUUAAUUGAACCAUGGAAAACCCUACAUUUGAAGUAGGCGAAAAGCCUAGGGACCAGAUCGAAGAUGUAGGUGAAUGUGAUAAAGACCCAGUUACCGAACGGCAAGAAGAAGACGGUUUCUUAGUGAUAAAAGACGAAAAACAUAGUGAUAGUGACGCUCACAGUGAGGAUCUUAGCUCUAACGAUGAACAAAGUAAUGCAAUCAGUAGUAGUAACUCUCAGUUCUAUGAGAGCAGUGACAGCAAAAUAGAUUAUGCAGUAAAAAUAGAUGACAAUGAUACUCUAAGUGAUAUAGACGAUAUAAAAACAGACAGUGCAUCAGCGGACAGUGAAGAUUCAGCAUUGGGAAGCCUACCACCAGACAGCGGUCUCAAUGAUAGAGAAGAGGAAGUUCAAGACAGAUCAGAGGGCAGCGACUCAGGGCUUGGUUCAGAAGCGCUUGAUGAUGUGAAGAUACCGAGCUUCAACCUAGCAUUGCCAUGUCAAAGUAGCCUAAACAGUGUUCAAUCAUCAGAUGAUCCAGGACACAAUAAUGACAACUCCAACAAUAGCAAUAAUGAGAACAAUUUAGAUAAAGGCCAUAGUUCCAUAGCACAAGUAACGACACCCCUCAGAAGUAGUCUUAAGAGAAAAUGUAGUGAUGAAAACAAAAAUGAACCACAAACAAAAAAGCGGAAAGAAAGUAUUACCUUUGACAAUGUUACCGUAUAUUAUUUUCCAAGAGCCCAAGGAUUUUCAUGUGUGCCGUCUCAAGGAGGCUCUACAUUAGGAAUGGAAUGGGAGCAUUCUCAUAUACAAAAGUUCACCUUACCAGAACACGCUUUAGAACAGAGGCGAUUGCAUAGGCAGAUACUACAACAGCUAAAAAGUGAGCGUCAUACUUUACAAGGCGCGUCACUAUCUUCAAGCGAAGACAGUGAUACUGAAGAAGAAGCGAGCGACAUCUCUGAGUCGGAGCUCGAUUUAGACAGUUAUUUCUUCCUACAACCGGUCCCAACCAGACAGAGACGUGCCCUGUUACGUGCAGCUGGAGUGAGAAAGAUAGAGGGAUACGAAAAGGAUGAGUGUAGGGACAUAAGGACAUCACGAGAAUUCUGCGGUUGUGCCUGCAAGGGAACUUGCAAUCCAGAAACUUGUUCGUGCAGCCUAGCUGGUAUUAAAUGCCAAGUCGAUAGAUUAAACUUUCCCUGUGGCUGCACCAGAGAUGGAUGCGCUAAUACUACUGGUCGAAUAGAAUUCAACCCUGUUAGAGUAAGAACGCAUUUCAUACAAACUCUUAUGAGAAUAGGCCUUGAAAAGAAAAACGAAGAAAACCAGGAAGCUGCAAAGAGACAAUGGUUAGAGGCUCACAAUAAUUCUACGUCAUGCUCCUCUAAUUCUUCGUAUGAGAGGGAGCGUUGUCUGAGUCACGAAGAUGGAAUGUUACGUGAUGUUAACCUCACUCCAAGAGUAGAAGUUGAAUCUUGCGUGAAUACUGGAAGUUUCAAUAACGUUCAUUGUGAUAUGAAUAACUCGGCUACACAGAAUAACGAUAUGACAUAUGGCUAUAGAAACGAGCCAGCAAAUCACAACAAUGUUACCGACGGGAGCAUAAUGCACUUUGAGAAUACAAAUAAUCAUCAUAAUCACAAUGACCCGUACACUUCCAACAUAUUGCAAGGCAAGGGGCCACCUUACGCUGUGGCCAAUACCAUGGGCUUCGACACCAUAUCAAACAAUAUGCAAAGGUUUCCAUGUGAUCUCAAUUACGCUUAUGAGCAGCAAACAGAACACCAUUUCAAAGGCUUGCAAAGCUUUUCCGCCACUAGUUUUGAAGAAUUCGCGCACAGUUCACAGAUGUCGAUGUUCAGUCACUACGGACACGUUUAUGUACCCGACUACUUACACAAGUCGAGUGCGACUGUCCACCAGCACAACACGCUACAGUAUCAUAGUGCUCAACAAAACCACUAUGAAAUGUAUAAGAACACAUCCGAGUGUGUAAGCAAUGAAAACAAAAGUGAUACUCAUUACACUACUUUGAUGACACUACCAUAUCAGCCUAGUAAUAAGAUGCAAACUGUAGAAAAUGAUGAGAAUUGGUUCAGUCACAACACGCUGCUGAACCUGGAUCAUUCGGACCAGACGACGCAGGACGCGUCGGAGCUGCAGGCACAGCCCGCCGCCGCGCCGGUGGACACCAGCAACGCCGACACCGAGAACUUUGGAGAACUUAUUAAGAAUACUAUGGUAGAGUCCGUUACCGUGUAGAUGAAUUACUUGUUGUAUUUAAUCGUCUUAAUUAUCAUGUUAUGAAAUUUUUAAUUAUAUUAAUUGGUAAAUUUAAAA